UCCCAAUCUAUCUGCUUGCCCAAAUGCCGCAAACAGUCAAGAACCAUCUCUCUCUUUCUCUCUCAGUCCCACACUCAGUUUACACGGUCGUCUAAAGUUGUACCAAAUGCUCUCUCUUCUCUCCCUCCAUCUCUUUGUUAUUUGAUUGUCUUUUUUCCUUGCCCACCUUUCUUGAUUGCAUGCAUCUUCCAUGAGAAAUUGUUGCUGGUGUUGGUCAGGAUCAAUCAGCCAUGCAAUUGGGAGACGCCGGGCCGGCCGCCGGAGCGACCGCCGGACCUUUGCUCCCCUUCUGCGAUUCCCCUGCUCUGGUGAGCUCUGAUAGUGGUGUCUUCUUCCCCUCGGCGUCUAGGAAGCGGCCGCGCGAGGACUCCUCCUCCUCCCACGUUCACCGGCAGUUGCUCGACCUCAAUCGCCUCGUCGUUGAUCAUGUUGCAAGGUUGAGGGCCGAGCUGGUGGGGCGGCUGAGGCGGAUCCUGGCGGCGGCCGAGGAAGGGGCGUCGAAGCGGCUGAGAGCGAAGGAAGAGGAGGUGGAGCUGGCGAGGAAGGUCGCCUUGGCGCUGGAGGAGCGCUUGAAGAGCCUCUCCAUCGAGAACCAAAUGUGGCGAGAGCUGGCGCGGAGCGGCGAGGCGGCAGUCUGCGCGCUGCGUGCCGACCUUGACCGGGCUCUGGCGGAGGCGGCGACGGCCGACGCCGAGUCCUGCUGCCGCGGCGACAGCGCGGCGGCGAGGAGGGCAUGCCGGUGCUGCGGGGAGAUGGAGCCGACGGUGCUGCUGCUCCCCUGCCGACACCUCUGCGCCUGCGCCGUCUGCGGCCCGGCGGCGGCCGCCUGCCCCGUCUGUGAUUGCCGGAAAAAUGGCCACGUGCUCGUAAACAUGUCCGAUUAAUGCUCUCAAAUUUUCGGAAAUGAAAAGGAAAUUAGUUAGAAUUUUUCCUUCGAUUAAUUAAACUUCUAAUUAAUCGGUUGUAUAGGGACAUAUUCUAAAUAAAUACUUUUAUUAUAUGUUAGUCAUUAUUUCAAAAGUUAAUAGUUAUUCAUAAUUUAAAGACGAA